UGUCAUUGUCACUUGGUAAUUUGUAUCCGCGUUGGUCGGAGAACACAUUGAUCAGUGAAAUAUUUUGUGGUUAAUUUUAUUUAUACUGGCUUCGGAAGCCUACAAAAAUGGAGAAUAUGGAUACAGAGGAUAACAAUCAGGAGACAGGCCCCGUAGAUAAUGCUUGGGCUAUGAAAAUACCGAAAUUUACGCCUGAAGAUAACCCACAUGGUCUUUUAGAGGAAAGUAAAUUUGCUACUUUAUUCCCAAAGUACAGAGAGCAGUACUUAAAAGAAUGUUGGCCGCUUGUGCAAAAGGUGUUAAAAGAACAUCAUAUAGUCGCUGAGCUAGACCUCAUCGAAGGCAGUAUAACUGUAAAAACAACAAGGAAAACAUGGGACCCAUACAUCAUCAUCAAAGCAAGAGAUUUAAUGAAGCUGCUGUCUCGAAGCGUUCCGUUUGAACAAGCUGUGCGAGUACUAGAAGAUGAAAUAGGUUGUGAUAUCAUUAAAAUCAAUUCAUUUGUUCGUAAAAAGGAAACAUUUUUGAAGAGGAGGCAGCGUUUGAUCGGGCCGAAUGGAGUUACCUUGAAAUCCAUAGAACUUCUAACUGAGUGUUAUGUGUUAGUGCAAGGAAAUACAGUUUCAGCUGUUGGGCCAUACAAAGGCCUAGUGCAAGUCAGGAGAAUUGUUGAGGACACAAUGAAAAACAUUCAUCCAAUGUACAACAUUAAAAGUUUAAUGAUCAAAAGAGAAUUAAUGAAGGACCCUCGAUUAAAAAAUGAGAGUUGGGAUAGAUUUUUACCAACAUUUAAAAGUAAAAAUGUGCCAAGGAAACAACCUAAGAAGAAAGUUGAGAAGAAACCAUACACUCCAUUCCCACCACCACAACAGGAGAGUAAAAUUGACCGAGAACUUGCUACUGGAGAAUACUUCCUCAAAGAUGAACAGAAGAAGGCCAAGAAUAGACAUCAAAAGGAAGAAAAGCAAGCACAAGCUAAGCGAGCUAAACAAGAACAACGACAGAAAGACUUUGUACCUCCUGAAGAGAAAACAAAUACAAAUAGUGACACUCCUGAAACUACAGUUGAUAUUAAUCAGUUUAAAUCAAAAAUGAAAAAACUGUCUAAACAGCAAAAAGGAGCUAAAGUAAAAAAGGACUAAUAGUUUUGUGUUUAUUUUUAUUUUUUAAUGGAUUGUUACUGAUAGAUUAUUACACCUUUAAAAUGCAUUGAUUGUUUCCAAUAGUUAUUGUCUAGUAUUGCUAGGGACUUAUCAUCCCAUUUAGAACAGUUGAUCUGUCCCAUAAAUGAAAAUAAAAUAAAAUUACUAGGUAGUAUUAAAUUUGUUAUCCGAAUACAUAAUAAUUAUGUAACUGUAAACUAAUUUCUGAAACAUGGUGUGACAGAAAUAAAUGAUUGAAAUAAAUGUAA